AUGUCGGAGAAACUUGAGUGGGAAAAAUGGUCAGCUUUCACAACACAACAGAACCGUUAUGUAGCGGAGGCAGAGAGAUACUCAAGGCCAGGAUCUGUGGCUCAGAAGAAAGCUUUCUUUGAAGCUCACUACAAGAAACUCGCUGCUGCAAGAAAAGCUGCUGCAGAAGAGGCAUUGUUGCUUCAACAACAACAAAACUCUAAACCCGAAGCAGAGAAGGUUCCAGUUCAAGAAGAUGUUAAUGGAGGAGGAAAGAAAGAUGGGUUGGUGUCAAAACCAGAUCUUGAGAUUCCAAGAGGAUCUUUAGAUGAUAAAAUGAAAUUACUUGCAGAUAAAGUAAGCAGAUUUGGUGAUAGACAAUCCGAUGAGAAAGAAAAUCUUGAGAAGGUUGAAACAGAGAUCAAUGGCAAAGAAGAACAAGUGGCGGAGAAGACUCCUAUGAUACUAAAGAAGAAAUCCAAAGAUUCACAACCAAAGAGCAGUACCAAACCAAGAAUCUCUAAGUACAAUUCAUCGGAGAGGACUCCAAGUCAAAAGCCAAGGAACAAGAGCAACUCUUACACUUUCACACCUGCAAAAGAGUUCAAUAGAUUGGUUUCCAUCAUAAAGAAGAUUGAUGGGUCAAGAGCUUCUUCUAAACCAACCAAAGACUGCAAAACUCCUCUCCGGACACCAUCAAACAAGGUGUCUGCAAAGGUGAUUAUUGACAACUCUUUGUCCACACCUUUAACCAGUAACAGAAGAGGAAAAAUAGCUCCGGAUUCUUCUGCUAAGACGACAACUCGAGGAAGAUGGAAUUUCCUCCCUUCGGAAACACCGAGCUGUUUUACACCGUUUGGCUUAAGAACAGAGGAAAGAGCAGAGAGAAGAAAAAAGAAGCUAGAGGAUAAAUUCAAAGCCAUGGAGACACAGGAUCAGAAGCCGGAGGAGAGGAGUGUGGAGAAAGAAGAGAGUAAACUAAGGCAAAGGCUAUGCUUCAAGGCGAAGCCACUCCCUAAUUUCUACAAACAGAGACCUAAAUCCACUGACCAAACUAAGAAAGUAAGCAAGCUCGUUUUCACUAAUAGUCAAAUGUAA